AUACUAUCGUCGAUUGGUUCGUGCUCGUAACACAGCUAGAAUUAUCCAGCAGUUGAAAAAUUUUCAUUGUACUUUCCGUAAUAACAAAGUCCGUUUAUGCAAUUUUUCAUGUCGAAAUCAAAAAACAGCGAUAAAUCAACAACAGUUGACACGAUGUCCGCCUACAAGAUGGAGACUGCGCCCUUCGAUCCACGUUUCCCCAAUCAGAACGUGACCAGAUAUUGCUACCAAUCCUAUUUGGAUUACCAUCGAUGCCAGAAGAAGCGCGGCGAGAACUUUGAGCCAUGCAACUACUUCAAGAAGGUCUACAAGUCGAUGUGCCCCAACGCCUGGGUGGAGAAGUGGGACGAUCAGCGCGAGAGCGGCACCUUUCCCGGUCGUAUCUAAGCAAUAUAUUUAGGAAGUUACACUCUACCUACCUAACAACCAACAACUGCAGCCUAUUCCUACUCGAUAACAACAACAACAAUAGCUAAUUAUGCUAGUUAAAGAAAAAAGAGAACAACAGCAAAGCGUUUAGGAAAAGGCAACAAAAUACAAUUGUUACAAAUUAA